AUGGAUUCGACACACGAUUAUCACUUUUUGGAUUAUUUUAAGAAGAAGAGGGUUAAAUUAACUCUGACAAACUGCUCUUCAUAUUUUGGGACAGUGCAGCGAAUAAACCUUAACAGAACAGUCAUUUUGGAAGAUGUUGUCGAUGCUGAAUCUGGAAGGAACCUGCAAGGAGUUAAACUUUUUUUUGGACAUGAAAUCCAAAAUGGUAUGAUUGAAAUUUCCCAUAAAAGUUUCCUACACGUCUCAAACAGCAGAUAAGGACGAGGUUUAGAGGGGCAGCUGACCGUAGCUGAGUUUCACCCCUACAGAAAGAAUAUGGAGUGUCUGUGUUUUUCAGAUGACGAAGAGGAAAAUGUCGACUUUGUGAUUAUAGAUCAGUUUCAAGAGAAAUUUGGACCUGCAAUCAUUCACAUUCAGAAUCAGCGAGUGAUUGGAGUUGGGGUUGACGGAGUUGGCAUCUCUCAACAUGAAAGGGUCUGCUGGAUGCAGAUCUCUACAAAAAAUCAGAUUUAUCUGUUUGACAUUCUGCUGCUUGGGGCACGAGCAUUUAAGAAUGGGCUGACAAGGAUUUUGGAAGAUAGCAACAUAUUAAAGGUGAUCCAUGAUUGUCGAGGUAUCUCCGGCUGUUUGUACCAUCAAUACGCAGUUAACUUGGCCAACAUCUUUGAUACACAGGUUGCAGAUGUUAUGCUCUUUCACAUGGAAACGGGUGGCUUCCUACCAGAGCGGGUCAGCACUCUUGAGGAGUGCAUUAUCCGCCACCUAAAAAUAGCCUCGUUCCGCCUCUCUUCCUUAAAGCUGAAAGCACAGCUAGCUGAGGAGAACAGUGAGGCGUGGUAUGUGCGUCCUUCCCCGGUCUCUCUGCAGAGAGCGAUGGCCUUGUCAGUGAUUCAUCUGCAGCCCCUGCGCCUAGUCAUGCUGGACGCACUGAUGUCUGACUACACCAGCCUGGUGGACACCUACCUGAGCAUGUUUCGGGAGGAACCUGUCGAUAUCCAAACAGGCAGUCAGAAUACCUGCCUUGAACUUCCCAAAGAGCUUCAGGAGCUGGAGUUCAUGCAGAAACAACGCCGAGAGUGGGCUCUGGAACACUACAAAAUGAACGAAGAUGGUCUCCUUGUCAGGUCUGACCCCAAACCCAUUAAGAAAUCUCCAGGGGGCAGUGCACAGCCUCUUAGUGUAGGUAGACCACAAAGCCAUGAACCCACUGUUGUGGAAGCAGACGUAGAUGCUGAAAGCAUUGCAAGUGUGGUGGAGAAGAAUCCAACUGAAAUACACAGACCCAUGACACAAAAGAAAAUUGAACCCUCUGACCGGGAUCAAGGAGUUACUUAUGUCUCCAAGAAAGCUGAGCAACGUGAAGUUGAGGUCAGUGAAGCUGCAGAUGACUUUAAGGGGGCUACUGAAGCAAGCGGGUGGGCUUAUGUCAAACUGGAUCAGAGCUCUACACGUACCCUAAAAUCAGGGAUUUCUGAAGGGUCCCCCAAAAGUAAAAGAAAACAGCCUCCUGUGAAAGAUCCACUGACAGAGAUGCCAAUUCCAUCUCAAGAAGAUAGCAGACCAUUGGCGAUAGUAUGCUCUGGGACUGCUGAAAUUUCUGAAGAGUCCCGUGGACAUAAGAAACCCCAGGUCACCAGGGAGGAUGCACAGGCAGGGGUAACACUUUCUUCUCUAGAAGAAAGCAUUUCAGAGGUUAUGGUGAGUCCAUGCAUUGCAGAAGCUCAUGGCGUAGCUCAAGAAGACAGUGCGUCACAACCCAUGUACCUUUCAGCAGGAAGAGGUCUCUUUUUUCAGAAACCAGCGUGCAGCUCAAUCCCUCUGAAUUUAUCCUUUGGAGCGUUACUGAGGAACGGGGGACAUUGA